GUGUCUGCAUGUGGGAAGUACGCAGACCUCUGCCGCCAGCGUACCGCAAGAACAACAACAACAACCAUUGUUACUCCUACUGUUAAUGCUGGACAGCCAAAGGCGGUGAUGGCCAUUCUAGGUGAUUUUCAUCGUGAACUUGAUGUUAACAGUCAUGUCUUCGCACCUAGAAAGGACUCAAAAGUAACUGUUUUUCCUGGUGAUUGGGAUGGCGUUGGUGAUAUUGCAGAGCUGUCACCAGGACAAGAAGAAAAGAAAAAACAACAACCACCAUCACCAGCACAACCACAACACCAAGAAGAUGGACAUAAAAAUCAACAUCAGGAAUCUGUAAACGAUGCAUCGUUACAGCGUGGAAAAGAUGGAGAAGGUCCUCAAAGUACUGUUCAUCCUGGAACUGGUCUCCAUGGCUCUACUGGUGCAGUUCUUCCUGUUGGUUCUCCUGGUGUUCCUGUUCCUGGAGCACUUUCACCUGCUCCGGUGAGUGGUAGCGUUGAGUCAGCAAGUGGAGGUCAGCUAGAAAGUGAUGUUAACAGUACAACGGACGGAACCGAAUCGAGAAACGCACCGGGUGACGCACAACAGUCUUCUUCUUUAACCAAUUCAGAGACAACAGGUACAGGUAAUUCUGAUACUGCAAACACUGGGAAUGACACCAUAACUGAAGGGAGUGAGGCAACAAACAACCAAGAAGGUAAUGCAACAAAACAACCAUCAACUACCAACAAUUUAGAAACAGGGACUGCCAGUGAAGCUAAUGCUGCAAAUACUGAGAAUGGCACUCCAUCUGGAGAGAGUGAAUCAACCGGUGACCAAUCAACUUCAACCACCGCCACCAUCACCACCACCACCACCACAACAACACUUCCUCCUGAACUCACAAACAACAAGAAGGGUGAUGCAGACAGCAGCAGCAGUAUCAGCAGUUCUGUGUGGGUGCGUGUACCACUACUGAUUGUGGUUACA